AUGGAGAACAACUGCUUUCUUUCUGCAUUCCUUCCAAUGGCCAUGUAUAGCCCUCCUCUUUUGACCUCGUUGAUCGCCUGGUCUUCGGCUCAUCUAUCAUUACGUGAUACCUCGUACCUGGAAGUUGCCACUCGGAAUCGCUGCGUGGCUCUCCGAGAUCUCUCAAAUGCCCUUGCCUCCGAUUCAGGCAAUGUGGAGACCACACUUGCCAUGUCUUUGGUCCUGUGCUCAUUGGAAAGCAUAAUGGCUGAUAACGGCAAUGCGUGGUAUCUCCACCUUAUGGGCGCUGCUGGGGUCAUAACUUCAAAACUUAAUGAGUUAGAUCCCGUGGGCGGCUCGGAAAAAAUCGCAGAACACAUGUUAGCCGAGUUCGCAGAUGCCUAUACGGGUCGCUGGUUGCUGCGCAACUUUGCUUAUCGUGACAUUGUCAUGUCAGUCGCGCAAGACCGACCACCUUUAUUGAAUUCGCAUCAUUUUUUAACUUUGGACGAGCCCCGACUGCCUGAUUCACAUUUUGGGCUUGCCUCUGAGAUCUUGGAAAUUAUCUCAAUAACGAGCAGAUUCAAGCAAAACUUGAAAGAUAAUUUUGCUACUAUCCCUAUUGCGGAUGAGUCCGAUCAGUGUGGAGCCUAUUAUGAUACAUCGGGUACGCAAGUGCUGGAUUUGAUGACCGAAUUGGACUCGCUCGAGACUCGCCUAGUUGAAUGGACAUGUCCUUCGUCUCCGGACGUUUCCUUGGGGCUCUUAGCGGAGUCCUACCGCAGCUCGGCUAUGAUUCAUCUAUAUCGUGUCAUGCACUGGGCAUUUCCGGAACGACAAGAUGAGCUUUUAUCAAAAAUCACUGGUCAAGUUGCGGCGAUUGUAAGCAGUGUUGCACAAAUGCCGACGCGGAGUCUUCCAGAAUGCGCACUUCUAUUUCCUUUGUUUCUUGCAGGGGGAGAAGCAACGCUCAAAUCCCAUAUUCGGUCUAUUCGAGACAGGAUGCUCGACAUGAUUCAUUCUCGGGCCUUUCGCAAUGUCGAAGUGGCGCUGUCCAUUUUGGAAAAGCUAUGGGGAAGAAGAGCAGCAAUGCCUCUAGGGGAAUCCUCUGUUCAAAUUGACUGGCUUGAUAUUGUAAGCCAGGAUGGGUUAUAUCUUUCUCUAUCAUGA